GUCUGAUGAAGGCUUUUAGUCAAAAGUUUUUAUUAAAUCUUAGCUGCGCGAUUCCACAAUGCUGAAAUUCCUGUGUCUUCUUUUUCUUAUUGCUGACAUAGCAAAUGCUGAGGACCGCACGGUAGUAUUCAAAAAGGUUGAUGCUUUUGGUGGCAGAAGAAAUAAGUAUGUUUAUGUGAAACAAGCUAAAGGAAAAACUGAAAUAAAGUGGAAAACUGAUGUCACUGAGACAUCAUCGCCUCUAAAGGCCACAAUGUAUCUCCAUAAUAUUGGAACGGAGGAAUUUAACGUUUUCACAUUAGGAAACUUGUGUCAAGAAUAUAAAGAGGGUACUUUUGAGAGAAACGCUCAGAGAUUUAUACUGAAAGCUAUUGCAAAUCGUGAUAAUUGUCCAAUUAAAAAGAACACAAAAGCCUAUAUCGGUGACUCAAUUACGAUUUCCCAAUCUAAUGAUAAUCAACCUUGUGGAAAUUACUGGGUUGAGUUCUACAUAUAUGCUCAAAACGACAGAGAAAAUCGGAUUAUUUAUGGACAGUUUACAGCGGCUGUUACAGGUUGCAAAAUGAUUAACGUUUAUAUUUGAUCAUACAGCUAUAUUUUUAGAAUUAUUUAAAAAAGCCGAAAGGAAUUAAUUUUAAUGUUUCAAUGAAUACGAAGAUAGCUAAUGUCAUACACCAAUAGUUAUAAAGAGAAAAAGGGUUGCAUUUUAUUUAUUAAGCAAUGGCACUAUAUUUAAGAGUAAUUUUAAUUUCACUGAACAUUAUGUACGCUCCCCAAAUAC